UGGUAGAGUCCGGUCGGCUCUACUAAAAAUCUUAGUAAAAAAGAAAAAGAUAUUAUUAAUACUGCUACUCUCUCUUUCUCCUCUUCUCUUACAAUGAGCUGCCUUUGCCCGGCUGGAUAGCUUUGAAAACCAGAAAAAGCACAUACUUCUUGAAAGUUUCAACAAUUACCAGGUUGCCUUUUCUUCUUAACAAACAAAAACAUAUGUACAUUUAAUCUACAACAACCACAACCAAAAUCCAGUUACACGCUACGCUUUUCUUCUCUUCAAUCACUUCCCUCCCACCCUUCUCUUGUAUGGAGUCUACUACUCUCUGAUUAAUACAUUCAUCAAAAAACAGCACCAGAACAGGAAUUCUCAUUUCUUCAGUUUUUUUUUUUUUUUUGGGAUAUACUUCUGUUUAUAGAGAAAGGGAGGAGUAAGUACGAUGUCGUCGUCGUCACCAACUCCCGGGGGGGCGCCUGCUCCAACGUCUCCUCCAGCGCCACCGGCCAAUGCUACAUCACCACCUCCCGCGGCAGCAUCUCCACCAUCACCAUCACCACCAGCUUCUGCUCCGCCUCCCGCUAACCCCUCACCCCCUGCGUCAUCUCCCCCGCCUUCAUCCUCUUCUCCACCACCGCCUACCACGCCCGCUCCAGCCUCCUCCCCUCCUCCCCCAUCUACCCCCGCUACGCCAGCGCCGUCUACAUCUCCGCCUCCGCCGUCUUCAACCACCCCAUCCCCUCCUUCUGGGUCAUCUCCGUCGCCGCCGUCCAGUGGGAACACUCCUCCGUCGACUGGAGGUUCGCCACCGUCGACGGGUAGAUCUCCUCCCCCACCAAGGGGAAGUACUUCGCCACCUUCUUCGUCGACCCCAAAAGCACCACCUUCAACCAAUAGUAGUGGCGGCGGGAUAUCAACCGGCGUGGUUGUGGGGAUAGCCAUUGCCGGAGUUGCAAUUCUUGCUAUAUUGAGUAUUCUAUGCAUAUGCUGUAAAAAGAAGAAGAGAAGGCCACAUGGGCCUGUGGACUACUAUGGUGCUCCGCCGCCACCACCACCACCAGGGCCUAAAGUUGACCCUUAUGGCGCUCAGCGUACCCAAUGGCAACAUAAUGCUCCGCCACCUGCUGAUCAUGUGGUCACAAUCCCACCAAAAGUCCCUCCACCACCUGGGGGGGCAUCAAGGCCUCCACAUUCUCCUGUACGUGCACCUUCACCACCACCGCCACCACCUCCAGGUUACAUUAGCGGCAGCGGAGGAUCUGGAUCCAAUUAUUCAGGUUCUGAAAAUCCACUCCCACCACCCUCUCCUGGUAUGGCUUUUGCGUUCUCAAAGAGCACAUUCACAUAUGAAGAACUGGCAAUGGCAACGGAUGGUUUCUCAGAUGCCAACCUUCUUGGACAAGGUGGUUUUGGAUACGUCCACAGGGGAGUCCUGCCAAAUGGGAAAGAGGUUGCUGUUAAACAGCUAAAAACAGGAAGCGGACAGGGGGAGCGUGAAUUUCAGGCUGAGGUUGAGAUCAUUAGUCGAGUGCACCAUAAACAUCUUGUUUCAUUAGUUGGAUACUGCAUUACUGGGGCCCAGAGAAUGCUUAUUUAUGAGUUUGUUCCUAACAACACCCUGGAGUUCCAUUUGCAUGGUAAAGGAAGACCUCCUAUAGAUUGGCCAACACGAAUGAAGAUUGCCUUAGGGUCUGCAAAAGGAUUGGCGUAUUUGCACGAGGAUUGUCAUCCGAAGAUCAUUCAUCGUGAUAUCAAGGCAGCUAAUAUACUUCUUGAUCUCAAUUUCGAAGCAAAGGUUGCUGAUUUUGGACUGGCGAAGUUUUCUUCUGAUGUUAAUACUCAUGUCUCCACUCGAGUGAUGGGAACUUUUGGGUAUCUGGCUCCUGAAUAUGCUUCCUCCGGGAAACUUAGUGAUAAGUCGGAUGUAUUCUCAUUUGGAGUAGUGCUUCUAGAGUUGAUUACUGGACGCCGACCCGUUGAUUCAAAUCAAUCUUUUAUGGAUGAUAGUUUGGUGGACUGGGCAAGGCCCUUACUGACACGAGCUUUAGAUGAUGAAAACUUUGACCAACUUACUGAUGCACGAUUACGAAAUGAUGAUUACAACAAAAAUGAGAUGGCUCGAGUAGCUGCGUGUGCAGCAGCUUGCGUACGGCAUUCAGCUAGGCGACGACCUCGAAUGAGCCAGGUAGUCAGGGCCUUAGAGGGGGACGUCUCCUUGUCAGAUCUCAAUGAAGGAAUCAGACCUGGGCAUAGCACGGUCUACAGUUCUUACGGAAGCUCGGACUACGACACCGCGCAAUACAACGAGGACAUGAAGAAAUUCAGGAAGAUGGCAUUACAGAGCAAGGAAUAUGGAAGCAGCGAGUACAGUGGACCAACCAGCGAAUACGGUUUGUAUCCCUCUGGCUCAAGUAGUGAGGGCCAAACAACUAGGGAAAUGGAAAUGGGAAAAUUGAAGAAAGACGGUAGAGGAUUCAGCGGAGGCUCCUAAAGAUGAAGAUGAAGAUAAACCAAACCAUUUUCCUUGUAUAAAAGUUCGUUGGCCAAUUUUUAUGGCAGCAUCAUUUGUGAGCUGCAUCUAUCAAAAAGAAUGACGAGGUUUUGCUCUAAUGAACAUACACAAAUUUCUUUUCCUUUUUGUUAAAAUUUUUUCCUCCCGGCAAUUGUUAAAAUUUCAGCUAAUUAAUUGUAUUUAGUAUGUCGUAGUAGUACAUAUCUUCAGAGGAUUGAGACAAUUGUAUCCAUUCUUUCAUUUAUGCUUCUUCAAGUGUUUGGUUUUUCUCUUCA